UGAUUAUACUGCAAGUCUAACUUCGCGUUCAUUGAGGUUGAUUAGUUGUUAUCUCAAAAAGGUAUUGUAUUCUCACGAGUUGAGUUCUGAAGUCUUUCAGGUCUCUGCUAACACGGUCGAGGAUCAUCUUCCAGUUUCGCAAGAGCUUUUACUAGUUUGUAGUCGCGUUUUGCGCUGUCAAACGUAAGACUUAGCAAACAGGCACAAAACGCACCAUCGCACGUUGCUCACCCUGUUCAUGAAAUUUUUGACGACCUUCUGCUAACUGGAAUCUCUUUCGACGCGUCUACCGAUGAACACCCAUCAUGCCCUUCAGUGGCUACCAUCUUACCUCGUUCCGUUCGUUUCCCUUUCAUACCCAACACCUCCACCCGUCAAUCCCGACUCAUUUCACCAUUCCGCGUACUACAAGACUGGCGUGCUAGAUGGUUGCUUCAUAAUAACUUGCAUUGCUGUCAUGGCAAUUAUGCGCGACGUAGUUCGCAUCUUCGUAUUGGAGCCUUUCGCCAGGUGGAAGCUCACCCGCACUUGGGAACGUUCUAAUUCCUCCCGCGCACAACAGAACGGCAACAAAAAUGAUAUCACCAACGGAAACGGACAUGCUGGGCAUGCUAGUGAUGAUUCCAAGCCAAAAAGCGUAAUGUCUGCGCGUCAAUCUCGCAAAAUUCAUCGCAGCGUUCUGAGGUUCGCAGAGCAAGGCUGGUCAGCCAUCUACUACACACUCCAAUGGCUAUUUGGCUUUUACGUUCACCGAAACCUUCCUACUCAAGCCUUAAAACCGACGGAGUUGUGGUUGAAUUACCCCCAUAUUCCCAUUGCUGGACCUUUGAAGUUUUACUAUCUUACCCAGACCGCCUUCUAUCUUCAUCAAAUUCUCAUUCUCAAUGCCGAGGCUCGCAGGAAAGAUCAUGUGCAAAUGAUGACUCACCAUGUCCUCACAAUUUUCCUCAUGGUCAUGAGCUACUUCUGCAAUUUCACACGUAUCGGAUGCCUCAUCAUGGUAUUGAUGGAUUGGAAUGAUAUCUUUCUCCCAGUAAGUCACUCUCCCUCUUUAAUGAUGCAGACACAAUUAGUCGUUCCCCAAUAGAUCGCCAAAAUGUUUCGGUACAUUGGCUUGUAUACCCUUUGCGAUAUCACUUUCACUUGGUUCCUUAUAUCAUGGUUUGUGGCACGUCACGUUCUAUUCGUCAUCGUCAUAAAGUCAGGCCUGGUUCGACGGCCCCCGGUUGAUCUCUGUAGGCUGGGUGCCAGAAUUAGGACAUUAUUACUCUGAGAGGACUUAUAAUACCUUUGUCUACUUGCUGGUGGCACUACAGGUGAGUGUCAGAAGUCCUAUCGACGUUCGCACCCGCUAAGUCUCUCAAGAUCAUCCAAAUCGUCUGGUUCUGGAUGAUUUGUCGCAUUGCAUGGCGCGUGAUCAGUGGUCAGGGUGCCUCGGACGAUCGCAGCGAUGAUGAAAGGUGAGAUUCCUAAACACACGUGUUCAAUCCAAAUUGAUGAUGUGUUUGUAGCGAGGAAGAAAAGAAGAGUCA